UUUGUAUAUGGAUCAUUUCCCAGAAGGUUAUUUCUAUAUUCAAUCUCGAGCAUCGGGAAAAGUAGUUGAUGUGGAUGGUGCUUCCUUAAAGGAUGAUGCGACAAUCUUGUUAUGGACACCUAAACACAAUAGUGACGAUCGAGAUAAUCAGCUUUUCUAUUACCAAGAUGGAUUUUUAAUCAAUAAGCAUUCACAAAAAGUACUUGAUGUACGUGGAGGACCGAUUACAGAAGGGGCUAGGGUGAUUCAAUAUAGUCGAAAACUCGUUGCUGAUGCACAAAACCAACAAUGGGGUUACAAUAAUAAGGAAGGGUAUAUUUAUGUAUUGGCAGAUCCACGAUUUGUCUUGGAUGUACGUAGCCUAAUGGAUGGUGCUAGAUUGAUCAUCUCUCACAAGAAAUACGCGCUUGAUCCAUCCAACCAGAACCAACUAUGGGAUUUGAUACCAGCAGGUGAUGUACGGGCAGAACGUGAAGUUUUAUUUGAAACAGAUUUUGUUUAGUUACCUAUUAUUUUAUAUUUAAUGUAGUUUUACUUUUUAUAUCAUUUAUUUUUAUUAAUAAUAAAAAUUCAAUCCACUUUCAAACUAUC